CACCGCCGCAGUGUGCGUGGCGCCUUCCGCUCCGCCGGCCAUCCUGCGGGGUGAAGGCCAUGGACGUCAACCAGCCCAAGCAGGAGCAUUUGCUGGCUCUGAAAGUGAUGAGGCUAACCAAACCUACCUUGUUCACUAAUAUUCCAGUGACUUGUGAAGAAAGAGAUUUGCCAGGUAAUCUAUUUAACCAGCUCAUGAAAGAUGACCCUUCUACUGUAAAGGGUGCUGAAACUUUGAUGUUAGGAGAAAUGCUGACUUUGCCUCAAAAUUUUGGAAAUAUAUUUCUGGGAGAGACAUUUAGUAGUUACAUUAGUGUGCACAAUGACAGCAAUCAAGUUGUCAAGGACAUACUUGUGAAGGCUGAUCUUCAGACAAGUUCUCAGCGUUUGAAUCUUUCAGCUUCUAGUGCUGCAGUGGCAGAACUUAAACCUGACUGUUGCAUUGAUGAUGUGAUCCAUCAUGAAGUAAAGGAGAUAGGAACACACAUUUUAGUUUGUGCAGUAAGUUAUACUACACAGACUGGAGAGAAGAUGUACUUCAGAAAGUUCUUCAAAUUUCAGGUUCUUAAACCACUAGAUGUGAAAACCAAAUUCUACAACGCAGAGAGUGACCUCAGUUCUGUGACAGAUGAUGUUUUUCUGGAAGCUCAAAUUCAGAAUAUCACUACCUCUCCAAUGUUUAUGGAGAAGGUUUCUUUAGAGCCAUCUAUGAUGUACAAUGUUGCAGAACUGAACACAGUUAACACAGCAGGGGAAAGUGAGUCUACAUUUGGUGCAAGGACUUACUUGCAACCUAUGGAUACACGUCAAUACUUAUACUGUCUAAAACCAAAGCAAGAAUUUGCAGAGAAAGCUGGAGUAAUAAAAGGUGUAACAGUGAUUGGUAAAUUAGACAUUGUAUGGAAAACUAAUCUGGGUGAACGAGGAAGGCUUCAAACUAGCCAGCUCCAAAGAAUGGCUCCUGGUUACGGUGAUGUAAGGCUUUCAUUGGAGACAAUACCAGAUACUGUAAAUUUGGAAGAACCUUUUGACAUUACAUGUAAAAUAACAAAUUGCAGCAGUGAAAGGACUAUGGAUCUGGUUUUAGAAAUGUGCAAUACUAAUUCCAUCCACUGGUGUGGAGUUUCAGGAAGGCAACUUGGAAAGCUGCACCCAAGUUCAUCCCUCCAUCUUGCACUUACAUUGUUGUCUUCAGUGCAGGGAUUGCAGAGUGUCUCUGGCCUAAGACUUACAGACACAUUUUUGAAGAGAACAUACGAGUAUGAUGAUAUUGCACAAGUCUGUGUAGUUUCUUCAGAAAUCAAGCAAAGCUGAGGGAAAACAAAUUUGUAGUUUUACUGGUGUUUUUUUGACCAACUUCUUGAUGUUUUUGCAGUCAACUGUUCUAAAAUGAGUCUAAACAAAAUCAAAUCCCUAUACAGCUGUAAAUGUGAUAAUGAUUAUUUUAUUUCUCUGAGCAUUUCUUCAGUGUUUUCAAAUCUUUUAAAACAUGCAUGUGCAUUUUAUCUCCUAAAAAUAAAGCCUUUGAAAAAAAGUGUAGUUCAAGCAAAUUAUAUUGCAUUUACAUCAUUGCAGGAUGGGGGGGUGAGGUUGAUAAAAAGACUAGGAUUUUGUGCUUGUUUUUCUUGUUUUAAUUUUUUAAAAGUAUUUAAACCCUUUUAAAAUCAUAGCUCUGACAAGACUACUUCAGUUCAAAAGAACUUACCUUUUACAGAGAGGCUUCUGGAAUCCAAAUCCUAAAAAAUGUAAUAUGGGGUACCUGGCAUGGCAAUGUGUUUGCAUGGUACAUGUAUAGCCAUAGGAAAUAAAUCCUGAUAAGGGCAUGAGAUGAGGGAAUGCAGCUGGCACUGUUAGAGGCACUUGGAGCUAGGAAUUGGAGUAUAAGCCAAAGACUGUGUUGGUUGUGGCUCACUCUUUGAAGAGGAAGCAAUACAGCAAUCUGUCCCAAUUAUCUGCUGUCAUGAGCAGAGUUGUGCAUCCCUGCAAUACAGGACAUGCUAUCAACAGGCAUGUUAUUUUCCAAUUAGUAGGGAACUGAAAACUAAAAUAGCAUAAUUCAGGUAUUUUUUAUUGUUAAAAUAAGGUGGUGACAAUUAUUCUUUCCAUCCCAGAGGAAUUAAAAAGAUUUUUUAGGAAAAAAAAGGAAAAAACCACCCUGCAUUGCUCUCUUAGAUCAAGUUCUCUAAAGCAUAUACAGGAAGAAGUUUUGGGCCUGGUCAAGCACUAUAAUGUUCUUUUCCCUAACUUUGUUUUGACAAAAACUGGAAAUAUUUUUGACUGAAAUAUCUAUGGUUACCCAGAGGCAGGCAUUUAGUAGAUAAAAUGGUGACUGUCUUUCCUAGUUUAACACUAGGAGAACUAGUGUUAAAGACUCUAAUCAGCAGCUUGUAUUGCUCAGCUACCAUGUUGGCACUUAGCAACUUUAUAGGUAGUUUUGACACUAUUUUACUUAAGGCUUCCCUUGUAUAAAAUCUUAAGAGUAGUAUUCAGUGUUAAAAUAUUGAUAAAUUGAGGACCAGCUUUCUAUAUUGAGGGACUAAGUCCAUACAGGAAAGAAUAAGUUAGAAAUGUAUCUUGCCUAUGUGAUAAAAUCCAACCAACAUGAACUGGUAUAUAAAGAAUGCAAUUUACCUGUUACUUGAGAUACAUAAAAAAUUAAAACAGAAAACCACAACUAUACAGACAAAAAAGUAUAUAACUUUAUUUAUAAUAUAUCUUUGAGUUAAACUACACAAAUUGAAGGAGAUGUAACCAUAUGGCAGUAAGAGGUAGGAGAGAUACAGAAAUAGUAGACAAGUUGCAUUAUGCCAGUAUGACUUUCUGUUGCCAUAAAACAAUCUACUCAAAGUUACAGAGCUAGUUCUAUCUCAGUAUGCAUGAGUGAUUUUACUUUGCACUUAUAACAAAACCAAGAGUGCAACUAAAACAAUUUCUAAGCUGAAUAUUUCAUUAAGUGUCUUUAUGAUUAUAGUCAGAAUAUACUCCCAUGCAAGCAGGUUACAGGAGUUCACAACUGAUUGCAAAAUACUUUCUUCUCUAACAAAUUAUUGUACUUAUGCACUGAUGGAACAGUAAUGAUACAAAACCAAUUAGGUGUAAAUGCAGAUUUGCUCACUUGAAUGAUAAACUGCAAUUGAUCUUAAAGCAAUAUUUAUAGGGAUUGUGGUUUACCACUUUAUCUAGCAGGAUGAAAAAUUUUAGCGCAAGAUACAGUGCAGUUACUACACGGGAAAAGCUUCCUUCCACACCCUGUGAUUAAGACAUAUUGCAUGAUUGAAACAGUCUAGGCAAUUCAAAGAAAAGCACACUUUAGCAUAAAUGAUCUCUCUGUUCAUGGUUUUAGUGGAAAAGCAUGUAAUGACAGCUCCUGUUACUGGUUUCACUGUUUUUUGUUCAGGCUAUAAAGCCCUUUCUGUUAAUACAUAACAAACAGAGCGUGUUUACUACUAAAGUAUUGUGCCAGUCAGUUGUACCACAUUCCUGAAGGCUUAGCUAAUGCUGUUAACAUUUUAAUAUAUACUCUGGUAUUAUCUGAAGUAAAACCUAAACACAACAAUAUUACAGCAUGUGAAGUGAAAGUUACAACUCCAUGAAGAUCACUUCAAGAGUAGUUUUCUCGUAACUAACCAAUGCUUCAUUCCAUUUAACCUUGGGGACUGUUCUCUCAUAAAUCCAGUUAGCUAUGGAGCUUGUACUUAACAGUGAAAGUACACAAUUUCUUCUGCCCUCUUUGGAUCUUAACAUACUUUGCAGU